AUGACUACGAUUAUCAACCAAACGGUGGUCUUCAUCAGAACAAUCACUCGUCCCCUGCCUCCUCCAACUGAAGAGGAUUUAGAGAUCCCAACUGGUUGCAUUGGAUCAUUGACAAGCCUCCAGAUUGCUGACUGGCACACAAUCUUGCCUCAGACGCUGCUAGCGCUGGAAGGGUAUACCGAUUUCCGCAAGCUACGCACACUUAGACUUCAUUCGCGAAUGGCCAAUGACACUGCUCAAAAUAUUUUCGAAAUUUGGGAAACAAGACGCCCCUUCCAUUCUCUCGAAGAACUCGAAUUAAACCUAGGAGGAUGGAACAGACAGAAAGGAUUUUAUGCCUCGGCAAAAAACUUUCUCCACUCACUGCCUCCUUUGAAGGAGCUAUUGUUGGAAGGGUGGCAUUGUCUUAUAUCUGUCGAAUCAAUCGUGGAGACACAUGGCUCGACACUUCUCAAGCUACAGCUCACAUACAAAAACCGUUCCCAGUCAUGUCGGCUUACGGAGUCGGACAUAAAAUUACUUGCUAAUUGUCAUCUCCUGGAGGAUUUAACAUGCAAGGUUCAGCGCACUGGGGGAGACCGUGCAGAGGUAGCCUUGUAUAAAGCCCUGGGUACUAUCACGCGUCUCAAAAACUUAUCUCUGGGUCUUUCUGUCUCUGAUCCAGCCUUAUUUGGAGACGAUGAAUCCGAUCAAGGUAUCAUACGACCUGGUCAUCUUUUGUUUCCCUCCCAAGAAUCGCUAUCUCUCGACCCAACAUUCGAUGAUUUUGACUCUCAGCUUUGUAGGUGGGGUCUACAAGAAUUGUAUCGCGCUCGCAACGGCCAUGUUCGGAAGUUCAUGAUUAACAGUGCAGUGGAUAAGAAGCUUGUAUUUGAAAUCUUCCAAAAGAUUAUCUCAGUCAAAACAGACUACUGCCUUUCCAUGGAGAGAAUGGCUGUUUAUAUCGACGAGCCCGAACUUGUUCGUAUCUUUACUUCUUCUUGA